CAAGAAUGUACGGAAAUGUCGAAAACUGUUAGACUUGCUGCGAAGCUGGUGAAACAAGUUGGGACGCCAGUCGCAGAGCUUCCUGCUUUUCUGUGUCCUGGGCUCUUGCGGACAGCGCAGUCCAAGAUACUGCAAUCCCAUAGCAAAUCCUUGGGGUCUCCUUUGAUUUCGCAAAGGAGAUGUAUUGCCUCGAUUACGCACACCUCGACACAAGCUUCUGCGGCAGAUUCGAGAAUUGCUCUAAGGAGACUUCCACAGCAAUGUAUUGGGUGUGGUGCCCUUUCACAGACUGUCAACGAGACGGGUGCAGGGUUCUAUACGCUGUCUAGGAAGAGUGUUAAGAGGUAUUUGGAGGUUUCGUCAGAUCAUAAGGAUUCUGCGGAAGAUCAGAUAGUGAGAGCAGCUUUGAGUCGGGCAGAUGUUUCUUCGCCUGAGAUCAAUUUGGGCGGAUUCGUAAAGCCAGAAUCUACAAUUGAACCUCCAGUCUGCGAUAGGUGCCAUCAGAUACGCCAUCAUGACACUGGGGUUUCUAUCCAUCAUCCCUCUGCCGAAUCUAUCCAAGAUACCAUAUUCGAAUCCCCUUACAAAUACAAUCAUGUGUACCACGUUCUCGACGCAGCCGAUUUCCCCAUGUCUCUCGUCCCAGGACUGCACAAGCUUCUGCAUCUUACACCUCUCAGAUCACGGAAUAGACGAUCGAAGACAGGAAGAUUUUACCAUGGUAGAAAGACAGAAGUUAGCUUUGUCAUCACGAGGUCGGAUUUGCUGGCUCCACAGAAGACUCAAGUUGAUUCUAUGAUGCCUUAUCUCAGAGCUGUGCUGCGAGAUGCUUUGGGUAGAAAUGCUAAGGAUGUCCGGUUGGGCAAUGUCAGCUGUGUGAGUGCAAAGCAAGCGUGGUGGACGAAGGAACUGAAAGCGGAGAUCUGGAAGCGGGGUGGUGGCGGUUGGAUUGUUGGGAAGGUUAAUGUUGGGAAGAGUCAGCUUUUCCAUAACAUUUUCCCGAAAGGAAGGAGAGAGAGGGAUAAACUUCUUGGGAAGAAAUUUGCCCCUCCAAUAUUUACUGAGGCUUUUGAUGAGAUCCAAGAAAUCAACAAGGCGCCCGCAACGUCAAGAGACCACGGCCAGGAACUAGUAGCAACAUCGGGAGAUGAAGUUCUGGAUGUGAGAGAUGAGUAUAGGUCGACGGAGGCAGAUUCUCUUGACACCUCUUCACUACUUCCUCCCGUUCCUGCGGAAGUCGACUAUCCAGCCAUGCCACUCGUCUCUGCAUUACCAGGCACAACAGCCUCUCCAAUACGCCUCUCAUUUGGGAACGGCAAAGGAGAACUUAUUGACCUCCCCGGCCUGUCUCGCGGAGAUCUCGAGCACCAUGUCCAGCCCGAGCACCGAGCUGAACUUGUCAUGCGCUCCCGCAUACGUCCAGAGCAGAAAGUCAUCAAAGCUGGACAAUCCCUUCUUCUGGGAGGCUUCAUCCGAAUCACUCCCACAACACCGGAUGUGAUUAUAUUAGCUUACGCAUUCACACCCAUUCAUCCACAUCUCACAGCAACUGAGAAGGCUAUCAACACACAAAUGCACAAUGGAUCUCCAAAUGUCACGAACAUUUCGCUGCCGGAAACAGCAGAGAAGAUAAAAUCUGCCGGGACCUUCCAUCUGAAAUGGGAUGUAACGAAGCAGCGAGCAGGACCAGUUACCCGACCCGAGGCAGCAGGCAUCAAACCAGAGAGACUACCUUAUAUGGUCUUAGCUACCGAUAUCCUAAUCGAAGGCUGCGGAUGGGUUGAGCUCGUUGCGCAAGUUCGAAAACGACCUGGAGAGGUAGAGCCUCGGGAAAAGGAGGAAGAUAAGUGGGAAUCUGAAGCAAGUCAAUGGAAUCAAGACCCAGAUCCUAGCUGGCCAGCCGUUGAAGUGUUUACUCCGAAUGGGAAGUUCGUUUCUUCCAGGCGGCCGAUGAAUGCUUGGUUGAAUAUUGCACAGAAGCCGGGAGAGGCUAGGAUGAAAGGACGGCCGAGGAGGUCAAUGAAGGGUGUGAAGAAGGUGGAGAAGAAGAGAGGACAUACUGCGACGUUGUGAUUAUUGUAUAGAUACCCCACUCUGGAAUAUAAUGC